AUGCAGCGAGACCAGUUGGUCUGGCAUACGAUAUAUGACACUAUUCGAAUUGGCAUCCUGCCAACCGAUGAUUUCACGACGAUUCCGAAACAUCUGCAACUCCUCGGCAAUUUAGAUCCCGAUGAUCUCCCUGUUAUUCCUCUGACCGAAUUGAUUAUAUUCAAAGCCCAAGCUUGUGGGAACCGGUCAACGGAGCAGAAUAAAAGAGAUGCCACUGAUGUUAUCGAGCUAAUGAAUCUGUUCCCCGGUCGAUCAUUCCGACGCCGGCUCAUGGAUCGUCAGUGGGCAUCGCUGCAGCUUGUGAAACCCUCCCUCAAAGCAAGCAGGUCAGAUUAUGAUGAAUGGGAUACAGCCUUUUGA